AUGCGGCUCCAGAUCUCUCUUCCAUUUCUUCUGUUUCUCACCUUCAGCAAAGAGUUUCGAUCGGAAGCAGGAACAGGCCAAUCAAGUCCCCAACCUAGUGCCUCCCGAGAAGAUUGCAAACUUCCAAUGGAAAAGGGCCCUUGCCGAGCCAAACUCCCACGGUGGUAUUACAACUCAUCGAUACCCGGAUGUACGCUGUUUCACUUUGGAGGCUGCGAAGGCAACAGGAACAACUUUCAGAGGAGAGAUGCAUGUGAUAAAGUCUGCAAGAACGUCUAA